UUCCACUUCACUAAAACCUCUUAUCUGUCUUCCAUUGAAAUACUCCAACUACACAUCCAUUUAAUCUGGAACUAUAAGAUUCUGACAGUUUAAAAAUACUCCUGAAAACAAUAUGAUCUUGCUCUUGAAGGAUGUAGAAAAUCUACUAUAAAAUGCAAGAUACCUUUGCGGUUUGGUGGCUGGAGACUUGAAGUAUGUCUGUCAUUCUCAACAGCAGAGAAUGAUAGUUCCUGACAGAAUAAUAGUCAGGAAAUGCAAGAAAUACAUCUUACCCAAACCCAGCAACUUUCUAGUAUUCUAGCAGUACUCUUGUUACAUAAGAAUUGAUUUGGGCUGUUGGGGAUUUUUUUUGUUGUUGUUUUAAAUGCCAUAAUAAUGACAGUCAAAGUGAAAAAAAUCCAUACUUCAAUUCUGCAAUUCUGAUGUGUAAAUGUCACCCAAGAUUCUAAGGUCCUAUAUUACUAUGAUGUUUUUAAUUAAGUAUUAUAUUACAAUUAAUGCAUAUUAGAAAAAAAAUAGCAUUUUCAGGUAAAAUUACUUACAAUAAACAUUUAAACCAUUACAGUUUUUUUCUUUUUUGCAUUUUAUAUUUGAGAUUACACAAACAAAUUAGUUAAAUAGAUCAUGACUUCACAAGAUCAUAAAAUAUGCCAAAAAUAUUUAACCUACCAUUUUCUUUAAACAAUAGACAAAUUAUUUAUUCCUGAAAAAAGCCCUCUACGUUAUUUAGUGCCUUUUGUUAAAGAGAAUCAGAAGAUCAAUUUUAAUGUGUUUUUGGGCAGUUAAAAACAGGUUUUUGAGCUUACUUUUGCAUUUCAACUUUUACUUAAAUAUAAGUUCCCUGCUUCACACAAACAUACACAUAUGUACACAUAUACACACACAAACAUCAACUAUGUUAAAAAAGUCUGGAGAUAUUAAAAUACUUGAUCAUCAGCAAACUACAGAAGGGCUGUCAUGGAGUCAGCACCAGGAGAAAGUGUAAAUAUCAGUGGUUGCACAGCCCAGGCUUUGGAUUCUUCUACCAUAUGUAUCAUCUAAAAGAAAAAGGAAAAAUAGAAUUAAAUUGUCCUGGUUAGGGUAACACAUACUACUCUAAACAUCUGAAUAUCAAUUCCAAGGACAGUAUCCCUGCAUAUAAAAUUAGAUACAAGUACAGUCCCAGAGGAAUCAGUGAUUUAGCAUGUGUAAAUCUAGGCAAAAAAGAUGCUCUGAUAGAGCUGAAAUUAAAAGUCCUAUGCAAAUGUUCCUUAAUCUCAUUUCUGUCACCACAUCUGGACAGACUGACAUGCUGGGUUAUUUUCUGCACUUACUCCAUCUGUAUUAUGGAGAGGAUUUAAAUUUUUCAAGUCUCAUAAUGCAACAGCUUUCAAAGGUGUUAAGAUUUUGGCUUAGAAAGCUGCUGUAUACAGCAGACUUGAACACACUGGUAUUUAAAAUUGCUGCUGAAGCUAAGUGGGCUCUGUACCAAAAUAAGAGACAAUUUAUAAAGUGACAGAUUAAUACUUUCAUCCUGUAAACCUUUACAGAUGUAAUUCUUCAAAAUAUUAUCACUGAUUCUAUCUCUGGACAUACUCUAAAAUAUUUUAAAAUAGAAUAGAAUAUUUAGAAUAUUAUAAAAUAACCACCUCCUCUUUAAAGAAAUGCAAUAGUAUUUGCAAAGAGAAUCCUAAGAUUUAAUAUCUGAAAAUGAAGUCUAAGAAACACUAAAGGAUUCAACGCCUCUGUCACAUUCUAUGUACUUGGUCACACUAUAUAUUUUUUCCCUGAAAGCACCUGUGAUAAUUGCAGAUUUUAUAAUUGAAAUGUUAAAAACUUCAUGUUAAAAAUUCCAGUUACAAAUACAGCAACUUAGCGUAUAAAAUUUAAAAAUAUAUUAUCCUCGUUGUGACCAGAGGGGGGAAAAGUUCCAGUGGCUUCAUUUCUCUUGAUUGUCCUGCUCAUAAACUCACCUGUGUUUUUGCUUUCUUUAAAAACUUACCCUGCUUUACAGGUGCAAUGUGUCACCAAUUAGUAUAAUGCCUUAAAUUUGAGAGCAGGAGAGAGGCUCUGGGCUCUGUUAACUGUGGGCUUUAUAGAUGGAGAUGCUCUUGAAAGAGCUUAGUUCAGCUUCCAAGCUCUUGACUGAUUUUAAGGAGAUGUAUGAGUAUGAGAACCGUUUAAAAACCUUCACAAAGUGGCCUUUCCAAGAGAACUGCAAGUGCACUCCGGAGAAUGUAAGUCUGAAAAAUGGUUAUUUUUCCUGUGCCUUAUUUUUUAUAUACUGUGCCUAAAUGUGGAGUCACUGUUAAGUAUAUUCGUGCUCAAGAAGAGCCCAUUAAACUUGAUGAAGAUGGAAAGUUAAAUACUCCAACUUUGCUCUGUUUGCUCCUCAGAAAUACUGUAGUAGGAUGACUGGCUUUUCUGUGUUCAGUCUAUUAGUCUAGCUGCAGAACUUAAUAUAGUUACUUUUUUUUGUUCUUGUCACUGAAAAGUUGAUUUCUAGUAUUAUGUAGUCUUUCUGAUUGCAAAUUUCUAUUCAUGGCAAAGUAGCCUACAUUAGACUGGAAAAGUACACAUCCAGCAGGAAGGAUGAGGUAGCAGAAUGAUGGCUACUUAAAAUUCAAAAAUGGAAAAUAUAUAAACUUUAGAAAACUUAAUGUUUCUGUCCCUGCAGGCUUUGACUUGAGCGUUAAAAAUAAAUAAAUUAAUAAAUAAAAAUUAAAAAAAUCUACCUGACUUCUAAAUAGGCACACACGUGAAACCUUCAAGCUGGAUCUCAGAUGAGUCACACUUCAGGAGUUAUCUGAGAAGGUUUGGAUAACUGAAAUAAACUUAAUUUUUAGUGUUCUGAUCAGACAUGAUUCUAAAGUGACAGGAAAACAUAGAAGUCCAAGAUGUAGCAUUUUACUCACAUAAUUUAUAUUUAAAGGUUCUCUAUGUCCAAGCCUUUUUUUUUUUCUCUGAAAAUAUUCUUUAAAGUCCUAACUAUGGCAGAUCUCAUGCACUGCUACAGAAAUACCUGUGUAUCGUGGCAUUUACUAGUUGUUACCUGGUGCAACAAAGCUAUUCCAGUUGCCUGCAGAUAGCACAGCUAUGCAGAAAUCUUUUCACUACUUGUAGCCUAUUCCUUGUUCCUUUACUAAUUGCUUAUUUACCUGCUUGCAGUCCUCACACUUAAAAUUUCUUUUUCAGCCUGAUCUGUGCUGAUAGACAUUGUGAGGAAAGGUGUUGUUUGCAAGCUCUUCAGAAUCAAGUCUGCUCAUGUAAACACGAGCAAAUGUGUGGGAUAAGGCUCUAAACUUCUAAACUGUCCCUUGCAGAUGGCAAAGGCGGGAUUCAUCCACUGUCCAAAUGUAAAUGAACCAGAUGUGGCAAAAUGUUUCUUUUGCUUGUUAGAACUGGAAGGCUGGGAGCAAAAUGAUGAUCCAUGGGAGGAACACACCAAACGUCACACCUGUGACUUUUUAUCUCUUCCUAAGAACUUUGAAGACCUUACAAUGGAGGAGUACUACAUGCUGGAGAUGACACGGCUGAGAACAUUCAUUUGCAAAAUUGGCAGACGGAUAAUAAACUCUUUUGAAGAAGAAGUCGCCACAACUAGGAAGCAUCUUGUGGAUUACUUUGUCUCCAAGCAUCAGUACACACCACCACUGCCACUGCCUGUCAGUGAUGAUCCAUCCACUCAGCGCUCAGAAGGCUCACACUGCCAGUCAAAAUAAGACCAGGAGAAGUGAAGUGUCAAGUCCGAUUCUAAAAGUUUCUCUUCUUUAUGUGGUACAGUAAUUUCUUUAUCUGAGUAUGAAUAUAAAGCUAAGCAGUUGUGUGAGAAAGUGUAUGUAGAGAAUUCCCUUCAUAAGGUCUCUGGAACAGAGUUCAAAGCUUUUUAUACUACUCCUGUCUUUCAUAAUAUGCUUUGUUGUUGUGCUUAAGUGUGGACUAAUAGUAGUCCCACUAACCUGUGAAUAUGUGAAAAAUGUCUAAGCAAAUACUUAUAUUAUUGUGUUUUUUAGCAGACUGAUUUUUUUUGUUUUUGAAUAAAGAUUCAGAACUCUGA